AUGUGUUCUUAUUAUUGUUAAACUACAAAUGGAGCAGUUUCUAAAAGGUUUGCCCAAAGUGGAGCUCCAUGCUCACCUCAACGGUUCCUUGGGCAUCAAAAGCCUAUGUGAUCUUGGCGAGCGAUUGUAUGGAAACUCCUCUGAAGAUUUCCUGAAGUUGUGCGCGCGCUUCAGUCAGUUUGAAAAGGAUAUGGAUGCAUGCUUCGAGAAGUUUGCUUUUGUGCAUGAGUUGACCUCCACCCGGGAUGGUCUGCGAUUUGCCACAGAGCUGGCUGUUCGGGAUUUCGCUGAGGACAACGUCCAGUAUGUAGAACUGAGGACCACUCCCAAGGCGAACGAAAACUAUUCACGCAGGGAUUACCUGCAGACCGUGAUCGAUGCAAUCAAGGAAGCUAGCGAAACGUAUCCAGAGAUAACAGUCAAACUACUGCCCUCCAUCAAUCGAGCGGAACCAGUGGACGUGGCUGAGGAAACAGUUUCCCUGGCUGUGGAGUUGGCACAGGCUCAUCCAAAUCUUAUCUUAGGCAUCGAUCUAAGCGGUAAUCCAGGCAAGGGGCGGUUUUCAGACUUUGCUCCUAUUCUUGCACAGGCCCGAGAUACGGGUCUGAAAUUAGCUAUACACUGUGCCGAGAUCGAGAAUCCAUCGGAGGUGAAGGAAAUGCUGCAGUUUGGAAUGUCCCGCUGUGGACAUGGAACUUUUCUUACUCCCGAGGACAUUGAGCAACUUAAACAACGAAGUAUAGCCAUUGAAUGCUGCCUCACCAGUAAUGUUAAGUCGGGAACAGUGCCAAGCUUGGAGGAGCACCACUUGAAAAGAAUAAUGGAGGCAGAUGCACCCAAGGUUAUCUGCACGGACGACAGCGGCGUUUUUGAUACCACAUUGACAAAGGAGUUUCUGAUUGCUGCCGAAACUUUCGGUCUAACCCGUGAGCAAUGCAUCGAUUUGACCUUGGAGGCAGUGCAUCAUUCAUUCGCCAGCGAACAGGAGCAAAUACAGAUGACGGAUAGGGUGGAAAACUACGCAGUCAUAUACGCCAAAUAAAUAAACUGUGACUGCCCUAAUUCAAAUAAAUGGGGCUUGUAUGUAACACCAUAUACCAACCUGAUCCUUAUUUGUCAAAAAUUGUGUUUUACCUUUUAAUAUCAUUCUUUUUAUUCAAUAUGUAGAAGUAUUUAGUUACAAGUUUGUUCAUUAGUUAUGUUCAUCCUUCGUACGUACAUAUGUGGCUAAUAAGUUUUUAUGUUUUUCUCGUUUAAUAUCAUUCAUAAUUGAAUUCAAGUUUUCUUUUCAUUACUUUAUGUUCUCGUUUCUGCCGUUCUGUGUGGCUUAGUUGGGGUUUAGGCAUUCAAAAUACAAUGGAGUACAAGCUUUGGUCAAUAGCGGGCUGUUAAACUGCACCAAGUGAAGUGGACGAUCGAAAUCUAAAGAAACCAAGAUAAGACUUAAAAGAUCGGAAUCCGUUUAAUCUGUUUAAUAGCACAUUUUGAAACAAACUUUUUGGGUGAAGACAUCUUUAUAGUAGGCCCACUUCAUCCACUUACCCAAGCCUGCAGAUUAGCUUUCAGUUGAAUUGGUUUGCCUGCCUGGUAUUCCCUAUAUACAGUUUAUCUAUAUUUUAUACUUUUAGUUUGGUUUCUGCUUACUGCUGUGUUUCUACAUGAGUUUUACUACUGUAUCCAGUUCAUUCCAUAUGCCGAGCUUCAAGGAACGACCGACUUAGGAGUUUAUUUAUAUCGUAUAGAAGUGUUUUUACCCCAACUAGAGAGUUCAAUUACAAAUCUAUAUAUUUAUAUAAAGGUUUACAUUUCUACAAUUUGGAAAAAUUCUACUAGUUGAAAAUGGUAUGGUAUGGAUUUUGCUGUUGUAUUCGACUUUAUUUAGGAGUUCGGGCAUAAGGUUUUGGUAUUCUUGCUUUUAAGUAUGUAUAAUUUUGUUAAAAUGUACGGCCUGGUAAAAGUUUAGCUUGCCAAGGCUUAUAAAAAAAUAUGUCUUGUUUACUUACUGGCUCAUUAUAAAAGUCGACCAUUUUUGGGUAAUAUCAUAUAGACAGCUAGCCUGCACAUAUAUAAAAAAUGCGCCGUAUAAAAUGCCUCGAACUUGCGCUCUUUUGGUUGUUGUGCCAUUUUCUGCGGAUUUGGAAGGGCUAUAGGUUAUGAUUUGUAGUCAUCGCAGCCUUCCAUUGAAGCCAAUUAGUUGAAACUAUGUGUGGGUGUGUGCAUUUUGGUGUGAGGAAGAGACAAUUAAAUCGGGUCGAAUUGAGAAAUAAAACGUUUUCUUUUUGCUACAUAA